ACUCGUAAUUGCAAUGAUGUAUAUCAGGCGGCUGCCAGAACCAAGAGCCCAAAACCAUGACAGAACAGUAUGCUUCAGUCCACAAGGCUUUCGCUUUAUCGUGUCACCACUUCCAUACAGCUGAGGAAAGAGGAGGUCUUUGGGCAGGAGUCCUGCGUGCAGAGCAGUGCAGGCAGCGCGAGAAGCCACAGCACGACAGGAGAGCAGAACGGAGCCGCCCAAUGCUCCUGCUGCUGUGGGUUUGAUGAUUUAAUUACAGAAGCAGCACUGAAGGGGCUGGGAACAGCAAACUCAGAAAUUCUCACAAGCAAGAUGCAAAGGGGGAACGUCUGAAAAACGGCAGAAUUUUUUGUGCCUAUUUGGACCUCAAGCGGAAAACUCAAACUCUCAGGAACGACGUGCCUUCUGAAGAGCAGAGAACAACAAGAGCGGCAGUCGAUCCCAAGCUGCUGACCAUGAGUGCGCCCACCAUGAGCACCUACACGCAAAGUUAUUCCAUAGCGAACGGCACAGACUCCUGCGUCGAAGACUCCACGCUCAGGCUGCCUCUGGCCAUCUUCUACUCCAUCUUCUUUGUCUUCGGCUUGCUGGGAAACGCCCUCGCCCUCUGGGUGUUCAUCUUUGUCCAUGGCAAGAAGAACUCGGUGCGCGUGUUCCUCAUCAACAUCGCCAUGGCCGACCUCCUACUGGUGGCUUGCCUGCCUUUCCGUGUGGUCUACCACAGCAUCGGAAACCACUGGGCCCUGGGCCCCGUAAUGUGCAAGGUGGUGGGGAAUGUUUUCUACAUGAACAUGUACAUCAGCAUCACUCUCCUGGGCUUCAUCAGCGUGGACCGCUACAUCAAGAUCCAUCGGGGCAGCAGCCGGCGCCUCCUCAGCAGCUGCUGGAGCACCUUGGUCUGCGGCACCAUCUGGACCCUGUCCAUCACUGCCAUCAUCCCGAUGAUCGUGCUCUCCGAGGGCAACGAGGAGAAAGAAAAAUGCUUCCAAUACAAACACAGGAGGCAUGCGAAAGGCAAGGCCUACUUCAACCUUGUUAUGGUGGUAAUCUUCUGGUUGAUAUUCCUUCUGCUCGUCAUCUCCUACGGGAAGAUCGCCAUGAAACUGCUGGAAGCUUCCAAAAAGAAGCCCGAUCUUCCCAAUGCCAUUAAGUACAACAGGACGGCCAAGAAAUCAUUCUUUGUGCUCUUCCUGUUCACCAUCUGCUUCUGCCCCUACCACGUGUUCCGGAUCUUCUACAUCCAUUCGCAGAUCACCGAAUCUUCCUGUCACGUGAAGAGCAUCAUGGACAAGACUAACGAGGUAGUGCUGCUCCUCUCCACCUUUAACAGCUGUCUGGACCCCGUCAUGUACUUCCUGCUCUCUGCCUCGGUCCGCAAGGCCACCAUGCGGAUGCUCGGCAACUUCUUCCAGGUGCAGGAGAUUAGUGGUAACAGCUCAUCCACAGAGCUGCGCAGGGCCUCGCUGCCGCAGGUGUCCAGCACCCCACGGAACAGCAUCAGUCUUCUCAUCACACAACGCUGCAAGGCCUCCCCAAAUUCUUACCAGUGCUGACUUCCCUCGAGUGUCCUGUAGGGGGCACUGCCUGAACAUUGUGCGAGCAGGAGGCCCCGUGGCAGUACCUGUCUGCCCCACAACUCCAGGGUCCUAAGUGGGGUAGUAAGAAGGGCCGGGGCCAGGAGGAGGCUGCACUGCCGGAAGCCUCCAGCAGCCCCUUGCGCUGGGUAUCCCCGGAGAGGGAGCCUGGCUCUGGGAGUCGCUGGGCAUGGACCCCCUGGAAGCUGUUCUGGGUCCCCUUAAGGCACAGAAGGAGGGUCAGCGCCCGCGGGAAUCUGACAUGCCAGCACCGCCCAGCAGCUAGGCACGACACCGCGGGGAGCGAGCUGCCCGCUAUCGGAGGCCCCGCACCGGCGGCUGCCAGUGGACCCCUGGGACUCGCAUCAGAACUGAGGGUGGGGGCCCAGCAUGCCCUGCGUGCAAUUGUUUGUUGUUGUUCUUAAUGUUAACGGCUGCAUUUCCUUACUGCCCCGUGUCUUGUGUGUACCCGGAGCGAUCCUCACAUGCAUUUAGCUCGUACAUCUUGCAGUUUGGCAUCUAAGAACCCUGUGUUUACCAUCUGUGUGGUUGGUUCUAUGCUCCUUGGGUGCUUGUUGUAGUCCUUUUCCGGGCUGCUAAUAAAGAGCGUGAUUUAACCGGUCA